AUGUGUACAGAAAACAAAACAGUAAUAACUGAUAUCCAUCUGGGUUUCCAUGAUUUCAACAAGUUUAAAAUUCCACUUUUCAUACUGUUUCUUUUACUCUAUAUUGUGAUAUUAUGUGGCAAUGUUCUCAUUGUAUUCUUGGUGUCAUUUAAUGAAAAUCUCCAGAUUCCGAUGUUCUUGUUUCUGAAACAUGUAGGAUUAGCAGAUGUUCUGCUUACAACCAAUAUUGUUCCCAUGAUGUUACAUAUCAUACUCAAUGAAGAAAUGAUUAUAACUCUAGAUGGGUGUAAAUGCCAACUUUAUAUUUUUGGUCUUUCUAAUGUGCAAUGUCUUCUGCUUGCAAUAAUGUCCUACGAUAGAUAUCUAGCAAUUUGUUACCCACUGCAUUAUAUUUCAGUCAUGAGCCUUGAUGUCUGUCUCUUGCUUGUAGUGGGGUCUUGGUUAUUAGCCUUUGUUUUAGUAACUGGGGAAAUGAUUUUGGUGUACAAAUUGGAUUUCUGUGGCUUUAACCAAAUUGACCACUUUUUCUGUGAUUUUGGCCCACUUUUAUCACUUUCUACUUCAGACACAUCUGUAUUAACAUUUGUUGAUUUGGUAUAUUCAGUCGUUAUAAUAACUGUUCCAUUUAUUUUCAUCAUUGGGACCUAUGUCUGUAUCUUCAUAACCAUCUUCAAGAUGAAUUCCAAGACUGGAAGAAAGAAGACAUUCUCUACCUGCAGCUCACACCUAACUGUUGUGUGCACAUAUUAUGGGACUCUCAGCAUUGUUUAUACGAGUCCAGCUGAAGAAAGCUCUUCUAAUGCUAAUAUGAAAAAGUUUUUAUCUCUUUUUUAUAUUGUUAUUGCUCCAUUUAUGAAUCCCAUAAUAUACAGCUUGAAGAACAAGGAAAUCAGAGAAACCUUGAGGAAAUAUAUAAAGUGGUGCAGAAAAUCAAUUGACAGCCUAAAUAUAUGUUUUUGUAAGAUUCACAUUAUCCAGUAA